AUGUUAACAAAUCGCCUGAGCAGCAGUGGCAGUGUUAGUGUCCACGCUAUCACAAAAAUAAGCAAACAGAGCAGAUGCCUGAGCAGCAGUGCAGUGCGUCAAGGAUCCAGUGCGGGUGGAUAUGACGAUGGAUCUGGUGAAGAGUACGCACCAGCGUCCCUUUUGUCUCCCUCUUGGCUGCGUUUGUUCGGUUUCGCUGCUGCAUCCGCCGUGGGUCUAUCAGCGUACUCGUCGAUGCACACGGAAGGCCAAGAACCUUUCUUAACACGCUACCUCGCCCACAACAAGCCUUCCCCAGAAACAAGCAAAGCUAACGCUGAUAAACUCCUCGCUUUGAAGAAGGAACUCGCUGACGACACUCUCCUCCUCUCUGACGCACACCGUCCUAGGCUCCUUAGAAUGUCAAAUCCAGGCACUUUCGAACAGGCUUCCCCUCAUAAAAUUAGCCCUGGCUCUCAAGCUGAUUUGUCCGAUCUCAACAUCAAAUCGCUUAGGGAGUAA